GGCAGCACUGUUUUGCUCUGUGCACAGCGUGAAGUAGGCGGGAAUUGUACUCACAUUUCCUUUUUUAUUACAUUAUGUGUUUUAGGAGUGUCCAUACCAUGCAAAACUGCGCGCAGGUUUGGUUUGUGUUCGUUUAAGUAACCGCUCGCCACGUUUCCUUCACUUCCGCGUCUGUUCAUGCAGGUAAAAGAGGGAUAUUUUGAAGAGAAUGGAAGAUAAAAAGAAUUACUCCGGUCCUCUUAUGAUUGCGCUGCAAUAUAAUGACCUAUUUGACUUGGACUCAAUCUCAACGUCCACAGACACAGAUGCACUACCCAAAGGCAGAGCAUUCACUUUUAUCAAGGCUGUGCAAACAGUGAAUGAGAGACUUGUGGAACAGAACAAGUCCGACUGUUUGCUUUUUGAAGUGAUCCUCAUUUCAAAGGAGUGUUCAGAAGAAAUCAAAAUGAAGAUAGAUGAGAGUGUAAAGCAUUAUGGUCUAAAAAUUGGCAAAUUUUUCUUUUGCAAAAAGGAAGAACUCAUAAAUACUCUUCAGUCAAACAAAGUUAAGCUGUUCCUCUCUACUGAAAGGGAUGAUGUCUAUGAAGCUCUGCAUACAGGAAUUCCAGCUGCUUUGCUGUACGAUCAGGCUGAUGAUCAUGUCCUCAAUCAGCUAAAGGUCAUUUUCUCUGGUGACGUUAUCGGUUUCUCUGAGGAUUCACUUGAUAGUCUUUCAGAGUUUGGAUUCAGUGAAACCCAAAUGGAGACCAUCAAAACAGCAAAGAUCUGCAUGAAGGAGUUUGCCGUUCUGCUCGGUCAGAUGAGAAGGAGGUUUGGGCAAGAGAACAGCCCUCUCUGUACCUGUGUCUUAACCUCAUGGGGCUCUAGAAAUGUCUGUGCAUCUGCCCUGAAAACUCUUCGGGAAUGGGGUCUGGAUGUGGACGAGGCGUUUUGUCUGGCUGGAGCUCCUUGCAGCCCCAUACUGGCUGUAGUUAAACCCCACGUACUGUGGGACGGUGGCCUUCUCAACAUGAGUUAGUAGCACUAAGCUGGACACACGUGUGUGGCUUACCUUUCUUUUAAUCAGGUGCCAAUUCUAUUCUCUUGCUGUUACACUUGACUUUGCAUAUUUUAUUCAAAAGGGUUAUGUUGUAAAAUAAGAAGCAUCCAUAUGGGGUGAUUAGGGUUUAAUAGUAAUUCACAGUACUAUAUAUAGAUUUUGUUAGGGGUUUGUAUGAAGCUUUUCUAUGUUUACAUUUGUUUCAAAUUAUAGUACAUGCUUGACUGUAGGAAAAAAAUUAAAAACAAGGUUAAAUACCCCCAAAAUCUACUGAAAUUAAAUGCAGCCAUAUUUAGAAGACACCAUAUGAGCAAAGUCCGAGCAUAAAACGUCAUAAUAUAUUUUAUAUAAUCGAAUUCACAGAGUCAGCAUGCUUGCACCAUCGUUAAAGUUGAUCCUAACAUGGCUUGGGUUGAAUUUCAGAAAGGCACUACUUUCAGCUAAACAGCUGUGAUUUCAACAAAUUAUAUAUAACAAAUAUAUAAUAUUAAAGAUAUAGUUCACCCAAAAUGAAAAUUCCUUUAAAACAUUUUUUUUUUUUUAUAAUAUCUCCCAAGUCAUAAUGUUUCGAAUAUGAGUGAACAUUUUCAUUUUGGGUGAGCUAUUCCUUUAAGAGUAAAAGUACAUGUUCAAGCAGUAUCAGUUACAUUUAUGCAUAUUUCAACAAUAAUGACAUUGGCAAAAUUAAAGCGAGGAGUACAAUAUUUUGCAGCCAUGCAGUAACAUAUUGCAAC